GAAGCUUCUGGGUCAUGAUGGCUUCACGCAGACUAUAAAGACGAGCUGAGAUGCCAGCGUCUUUCAUAAUAUUCACCACAAACCACUUCGCUCUAAAUCGGCCAUCGAUAGCUUUAUAAAACCACCUUGCUCAUACAUACAUUUAAAACUCCAACAAUGUCUCCUCCCCCACCCGAAUCUGGUUAUAGCAUAAUCUGGUCCGACGACUUUUCAGGUCCAGCAGGGUCUUCCCCCAGCUCAGCAAAUUGGAAUAUUGUCGUCAGCGGCCCUAACAAGGGCAACCAAGAGGUGCAGAAUUACACCGCUAGCACCGGCAACUCCUCCCUCAGCGGCUCGGGUGCCCUGCACAUCACCCCUCGCCACGACAACGGGCAGUGGACCUCUGCCCGUCUCGAGGGCAAGCAGGCCUUCAACUGCCCUGCCGGUCAUCGACUUCUGCUACAGGCCGAGCUGCGCACCGGAACUUUCCCGGUGAACCAGCAGUCGGGAAUCUGGCCGGCGUUUUGGGCUCUUGGAAAUGAUAUUCGUAACGGGAAGGGUGUUCAAUGGCCGCAGUGCGGUGAAUGGGAUAUCUUCGAAAACGCCCACGGCAACGGUUGGUCCCUCGCCACCCUCCACUACGGAACGGGCGGUUCAAACCACAUGAGCAAGGGCAGCGCCCGGGAGAACUUCCAAGUCGAGUCUUUCCACACGUGGGCCAUCAAGGUCAACCGCGGGCCGAGCAACUGGCAGGACGAGACCCUGGAAUGGUAUCUCGACGGGAACAAGUUCUUCCAGGUCAAGGGCAGCGAUAUAGGGGAUGGUGAGAUAUGGGGACGAGUCGCUCACAAGAGCUUCUUCCCCAUUCUCAAUGUCGCUGUUGGUAGCAACUUCCCCGAGGGUGGCCAACCCGAUGGCAACACGACUACGGGUCUUGGCAGUGGCCUUCAGGUCAAGUAUGUUGCCGCUUACAGGAGCAACUAAAGCCAACUCAUGUCGACAUAAGAUAUCCGCACUGUAAAUUCCUCAUUGAAAGUGUUGAUUUGCAGUAUGAUCGAGUUUGCGCACUUUUGGAUAUGCUUUGAAGGGGAUUCUAUAGACCAUUUUAUUUAUUAUCAUUCUUGUCAUAUUAUGAGAU